GGAGAUGUGCUGACGGAUGAACAGAUUAAGGAGUGUGAAGAAUUGGGGAUUCUGGUGGAUAGAGACGAUCAAGGAACUCUGCUUCAGAUCUUCACCAAGCCUGUGGGAGAUAGGCCUACCAUAUUUAUUGAGAUAAUUCAGAGAGUGGGAUGCAUGAUGAAAGAUGAAGAGGGGAAAGAGUACCAGAAAGGAGGGUGUGGUGGGUUUGGGAAAGGAAACUUUUCGGAGCUCUUCAAAUCCAUUGAGGAAUACGAGAAGACACUUGAAGCCAAACGAGUCUCAGAACCAGCCAGGGCUUGACAAUCAAUCCAUUCACGUUCACUCAAACAAAUAAGGUUAGUUUCUUUAUACUUCUGUAUUAGUUUUACUGUUUCUCAUCUUAGCUAGUAAUGGUGUGACUGAAACUGAAAGUAACUUCAAUAAAAUCAGCUAUUUUUGUGUUGAAUUCAUCUGAUAGCUCUUGAAA